CAUUGAGCACGAGAUUUCGCCAUGUUCAGCUCUACAUCGACAUCCAAAACCAACGUCCCGGCGCCCGUGCUGCCAUGGGUGGAGAAAUAUCGCCCCAAGAAUGUGGACGAAAUCUCCCACCAGGAACACGUCGUAGCUACGCUCAAAACAUCGAUCGCCAACGGCCAGUUACCCCACUUGCUCUUCUACGGACCUCCGGGCACGGGCAAGACGUCCACCAUCGUAGCUGUGGGUCGCCAGCUUUUUGGACCGGACUUCCGUAAGAACGGUCGCUUCCUGGAGCUGAACGCGUCAGAUGACCGAGGCAUCAAGGUGGUGCGUGAAAAGGUCAAGAGCUUCGCCCAGGGUGCAAUCAGCAGCGCCAGCGGCCUGCCACCGUUCAAGAUCAUCGUGCUCGAUGAGGCCGAUUCUAUGACCGGCGACGCACAGUCUGCUCUGCGUCGCAUGAUGGAGAAUUACUCCAAGGUCACGCGCUUUUGCCUUAUUUGUAACUACGUGAGUCGAAUCAUUGAGCCUGUGGCCUCGCGAUGCGCCAAAUUCCGUUUUGCCCCGUUGGAGAAGAUCUCCAUGGCGUCUCGUGUGCGCUUCAUUGCCUCCGAAGAACGUGUCGAUGUAUCUGAUUCGGUGCUGGAGUCGCUGCUCGAGUGCUCGACCGGAGACUUGCGAAAGGCGAUCAACUACUUGCAGAGUGCCAAGCAGCUGUGCGGAGACGACGAGCUAUCACAAGAUGAUGUCAUAGCUGUGGCGGGUCUUGCUCCGCCCGAGCUCCUGCAGCAAUUUUGGGUAUCGGUGACUUCGAACAGCUUUGAGAAGAUGAAAACGGACAUCGAGAGUAUCCUGCUGGCUGGAUACCCGGUGCUUACGAUUUUGCGGCAGCUGAAUGACGACGUACUCGCACUAGACAAGCUUAACGAUGUACAGAAGGCUCAAAUCUGUCUGCGCAUUGCUGGGGCCGAUAAAAGACUGGUGGAUGGCGCCAGUGAGCAUUUUCAGCUGCUAGACGUUGCAUCCUACGCCAUGCGCGUUUACCAUACGUCAUAA